UUACCUUUAUUCAACAUCGGGACACUUUCUUUCAGUGCCAUGCCAGUGCAUUUACUUGGACACGCGACUUGAUGACGUAGUACACAGAUCCGGUUCAACAAAAACGCUAGUUGUGGCUAUCAGUUUGAAAUAAGUUCUUGAGAUAUUGUGUAUUUCGUACACACAUAGAUAUAUUUAAGGAUGGCAGCUCUACAGCUGAGAUGUAAGACCAAGACAGGACAACACAUCCUUACAGGGCUAAACCCGACCUCACAGAUCAGUGAGCUGAAAGACAAGAUUGUGGAGGUCACCAAAAUCCCCAGGGCUGCCAUCACCAUCCGGCAGGGGUAUCCUCCCAAAGUCAUAGACAUCAGUGAUGAUACUAGUCUACUGUCCUCGUUAUCAUUCAGGUCAGGGGAUACCCUAAUCGUGGAGGAAAAUCGUAAACACCAACAGGAAGUCCAGCAGCAGCAAACACGUGAAAUAGAUAACGUAAUUCAGAAACAGUCAAUGAACUCUAAAGGAAUUCUAAUGAGAAAGGUUGUGCCAGCAGAUAAUUCAUGUUUAUUCACAAGCAUUAAUGCUCUUAUGAACAAGGGUGUUGUAGAUCUUUCAUGCUCGAAGGCCAUGAGAGAGAUCAUUGCUGGUGUGGUAAUGAGUGACCCUGUUAAUUUCUCAGAGGCUUUCCUCGGAAAGACCAACAAUGCUUACUGUCAUUGGAUCAUGAACCCUGGUUCCUGGGGUGGGGCCAUAGAAAUUUCUAUCCUUUCACAGUAUUUCAAUGUAGAGAUUGCUGUUGUAGACACACAGAGUUGUCGAAUAGACAGAUUUGGAGAAGACAAAAUGUACAAGGAGCGUAUAUUUGUGAUCUAUGAUGGUAUUCACUACGACCCUUUAAUUAUGGAGCCACUAGAUCCCAGCCUUCCCGUUCAGACAAUAUUUCCUACAAAUGAUGCCUCAGUUCUUGCUCAGGCUAUGGAGAUAGCAUCAGAAGCCAAAGCUUCUCGACAAUUUACAGAUGUAGGUAACUUCUCCAUAAAGUGUCUGGUGUGUCAGAAACUUCUCACCGGUCAGGGGGAGGCCCAGGCCCACGCCAAGGCCACCGGACAUAUCAACUUUGGAGAGGUUUGAUGUUAUGUAGGGUUACUCAGUAAACUGCCAAAACAUGCAUGUUAAAUUGUGUUUAAAAUUGUACAUGUACAUUGGUACCUAUGGUAUUUGUGGCUUGCUUGUCUUGGAUACUUUUCAUUGGGAUCUGGAGACUGAUCUAUGACUGACCAUCAAAAUAUUUAGACUACAGCUUUACAGAUUUCAUUUCAAGUUUGAAGUAUUUACUCCACUUAUUUACUUAAGGGCAUCCUACGAUCUGUACAAUGUUUAAACCACUUCAGUGAAUAUGGUGAAUUGUUGAUGUACCAUGCUUAAUUACAGGUGCAUACCAAGUCUAAGUCACUCAGUAAUGCUUAACACACAGUGCCAAGGAUUUCCAUACAUUCUAUCAAUGCAAUUGUCUUUAAUUGACUAGUGUACAUGUAUUUGUGCAUUCUGACAUGUUUGAAAAUUAAUAUACAUGUUAUGUCAAAUACAUGUGUGAUACUUGC